AUGGAUGCGGCGGCCUGUAGACGACUCCAACACCGCAUGGAAUCCCGCGGCCGUGUGGCAAACAACUGCACGAAUGGACAUCACUGCAACUGUACACAUUCACCACCCCGUGAAAAUACUAACACUACUACUAAUACUACUACUAGUAUGAAUGCUAAUAUGAAUACUAAUAGUAAUAGUAAUAGUAACAAUGCGAAUACGAAUACGGUAUUGAGUCCCAGUGCCCAGGCAUGGUUGUUGCAGCGACUGCAGGGCGUAGAGGUGGACAUCACAGACGGCGGUGUGGAACACAGACGGCCAAUGUUGUGUUGUUGUUCCUGUUGUUUGGGUUAUCAUCAUAUCUUCCACUCAACAGCAACAGCAACACCCAUUACUACUACUACUAAUAAUAAUAAUAAUAAUAAUAAUGUUGCUGUUAAUACUACUACUACUCCUACUACAGAAGAAGAGCAAAAAGAAACCACUCCCACCGCUAAUAUUGCUAGUAGUACGAAUAACAAUACUGGUACUAGUAAUAGUAAUAGUAAUAGUCAGAAUGCGAAUACAAAAAAGGAACAGGCAACGCAGUGUGAGGAAAAGCCAAAGGAACAGACAUCACAGGGUCUUGCCUUUCACCCGGCGAGGUCAUCCUUGUUAUUAUCCUCCUUUCUACGCUUAGCGGAUUCCGCCACACCAUCACACCCUAUCUCUUGUAUACGUGGUGAUGGGGUCUCUUCUGCAGGAGUGCAGUGUACACAAAUAGAGAAUACAGAACCCCAACAACAACAACAACAACAACAACAACGAGAAGGAUCAUUAUUAGGGAAUGAUAAUAAAGAAGAGGGAACUGAUAGAAGAGAGAAGACGGCGGUACAGGCUGUGCAGACUUCAAUAGAUGGAGUGACAGCCAUCACGCAAACAUCACCUUUGUGGGUUAUUCCACCAGGUGUGAACGUUACUGGUAUUUCUCCAUUCACAACGGCUGUUUACGUUCCAGUUCCUAUGGGAACGACAACAAUAGAAUCACAACAACAACAACAACAACAACCAGUAGUACCAUUGCAACAACCAGUAGUACCAUUACAGCCAGCAGGAAACUCAUUAUCUGUUUCUGCUGUUCCUCCGGCUGCUGGUACUGUUACUGGUAUGGGAGUAUCAUCGUUACAGCAGUCCCAACAACAACCAGUAGUACCAUUACAACAACCACAGCAGUCUCUACAGCCAGGAGGAAACUCAUUAUCUGUUUCUGCUGUUCCUCCGGCCACUGGUACUGGCGCUGGUAUGGGAGUAUCAUCAUUACAGCAAUCCCAACAACAACCAGUAGUACCAUUGCAACAACCACAGCAG